GUCGAUUAUAACCUAAAACUUUAACGGUUGACUCUGGAGGUGUCUCCUUACCGUCCGUUAUUGAGGUUAUGAUUUUCGUUUAAAAAACGUUAAGCGAUGUCUUCAGGUUUAGACGUUUUCGUGAACCAUACCGUCGCAAUAAUCACGUCGGAUGGCCGAAACUUUAUCGGCACUCUCAAAGGAUUCGAUCAGACCAUUAACAUCAUCCUCGACGAGUCGCACGAGCGCGUGUAUUCGACGGCGACGGGCGUCGAGCAGGUCAUGUUGGGCUUACAUAUCAUAAGGGGCGAUAACGUGGCGAUCAUAGGGUUAAUUGACGAAGAAUUGGACAAUAGACUUAAUUUGGCCAGUAUUAAGGCAGAACCUUUGAAUUCUGUUGUACAUUAAAAGUUAAAAGUUGUGAA